AAGAAAGUGCCGGUCAAUCCCGAAAUCGCCCGUUGCAAACUUGCGACUGACUAACCUCAUGAAUGUGAUUGGUGGGAUGAACAAAAGAGUGGAUACAUACUCGAGCUCACAGUGGUUCGCCCCGAUGAUGCGUGCUGGGCCAGGGUCAUGGAUGGCCUGAAAACCUGCAAAAAAAUUCCGGCACGGCCCCGGCGCGGCGCGGCAGCCAACUACAUAUCACUCCGUCCGGUUUUUCUCUCUCUGCUCACUUUUGCCUCCUUUGCAACCAGAUCCUUCUCCAAGCAACAUACGCUACUCUUCGGCAGCGCUUCCUUUCCAUACACACUAUUCCUAAUACCCAACCGUCAAAAUGGGCUUCUCUGCUGGUGACUCCAAGAAGGGUGCGAACCUCUUCAAGACGCGGUGCGCGCAGUGCCACACUCUCGAGGCGGGCGGUGGCAACAAGAUCGGCCCUGCGCUGCACGGCCUUUUUGGCCGCAAGACUGGCUCCGUCGACGGCUACGCCUACACCGACGCCAACAAGCAGAAGGGCAUCACAUGGGACGAGAACACUCUGUUCGAGUACCUUGAGAACCCCAAGAAGUACAUCCCCGGCACCAAGAUGGCUUUCGGUGGUCUGAAGAAGGAGAAGGAGAGGAACGACCUGAUCACCUACCUCAAGGAGGCUACGGCAUAGAUUUCGGAGUAGAACCCGGGUCCGGGCGUCGUUGUACUAAUACCAACUGUUUCCCGCCACCAACACGGUUGCGGCUCGGUUUCGAAGGCGUUGUCCGUUUUUUGCUACAUAUUUUUGCAUUAGACGGGGCGGCACAUGUAAAGCACAUUAUCUGUACCAUAGAGGGGCGGCUACUAGACUUGUGCUUUUGGUGACUUGAUUGAAAUGACUCUCUGCUCUUGCUAAUGAUGGCAUCUGUGUUUCAAAACGUCUGUGCUCCAAUGCGGCUCUGAGUUGUCUCGGAUCGGGUGGUGAUCGGCAGGCA